UAAAAUCCCCAAAACAACACUAACAUCAUCUCUUUUUUCGCCUUUCACCAACCAACCACAAAACCUCUGCCUCAAACCCCAACACCCAUUCACUCUUCCAUUUCUAGAGAGAGAAAACCUCCGUUGCUUCAACAAUGGCGUCGCUGAGUUUUUCAGCUUCUACUACUGCUCCCAUGGCUUCCUUUCUACCUACACCUUCAUCUUCAAGCGUAUCGACUUCUUCUUCGUCGUCGUCUUCGUCUUCUUCAAGCAGUUUCAAGCUUACUGGGCCCAGAUGUUUUCUCUCUCCUCUUUCUCUUACUCGUAUUUCUUCUUCUUCUUCUUUGAAGGUGAAAUCUCGUCGUUCUAUGGUUGUUUGUAUGGCUCCUGAUGAAGAGAAGAUGACUCGUCGCUCUCCUCUCGAUUUUCCUAUCGAGUGGGAGAGGCCCAAGCCUGGGAGAAGACCUGAUAUAUUUCCUCAAUUCAGCCCUAUGAAAACACCAUUACCACCUCCUAUGCCUGCUGAUCCACCAGAGGAAGACGAGGAUGAGGAAGAAAAGAAGGAAGAGGAAGAGGAAGAUCCGGAAAAGGAAGAGCAAGAAAACCCAGACAAACCGCAGUGAUAAAUGAAUGUCUUGCUAUUAGGCAGUCAUUACAAUUCAUAUUCGAUAUCCUCAGUAGCAUAGUCAAAUGCAUGGAUCCUGCAUAUGACAGAGCUAAGGUUGGUAUCCACAUCAACUCUCUGGCUUAAGCACAAGAGUUUAUGAUGUCAAUUUUUUCAGGUCCUGUGCGGGUUUAGUGCUUUCCUGGGGAGUUAUCCUAAUUUUGUAGUAUUGAGGCGAUUUUAAUAGGUUUUGUAAUGUUAUUUAAGGAAUAAGGAUGGUUUCAUUUCCUUGUAAGUUGCCUUUACUUCUCUAAUUACAUCUUAUUUGGAGUAAUGUAGUUGGCCAUUAUGUUGAUACCGGUAAUAUAUUGCACUUGUUUUCAGGCUUA